ACCCUCCAUCAUACAAAAUCCAGUCCAAAUUCCUAACACCUGAUAAAUGGCUGAGAGUGUAGUUCUUUUGGAUUUCUGGGCCAGCGCUUUUGGGCUCAGGGUCCGAAUAGCAUUGGCUGAGAAGCGCGUGGAAUACGAAUACAAGGAACAGGAUCUUUGCAACAAGAGCCCUUUCCUCCUUCAAUCCAAUCCCGUCCACAAGAAGAUCCCUGUCCUCAUCCACAACGGAAGGCCCAUCUGCGAAUCCCACAUCAUCGUCGAAUACAUCGAUGAGGUCUGGACGGACAGAUCACCGUUGUUGCCCAAAGAUCCUUACCAACGCGCCAACGCCAGGUUUUGGACUGAUUACAUAAACAAGAAGGUAUAUGACACUGGGUCGAAUAUAUGGAAGAAGAAAGGGGAAGCUAAAGAAGCAGCAAAGAAGGAAUUCAUAGAGUCCUUGAAAUUGGUGGAAGGCCAGCUUGGAGAUGAACCAUAUUUUGGGGGUGAGACCUUUGGGUACGUUGAUAUUAUGCUCAUUCCCUUUGCUAGUUGGUUUCAUGCCUAUGAAACAGAGGGGAAUUUCAAAAUGGAGAAUGAAUGCCCGAAGCUGAUGGAGUGGGUGAAGAGGUGCAAGGAGAGGAAGAGUGUGUAUAAGGCUCUUCCGGACCCACAUAAGGUCUAUGACUUCGUACUGUCCAUGAAGAAGAGGCUUGGGAUAGAGUAGAGAUGACAAAAAUGAAAGAUAAAAGGGAAUGUUAGUAUAAGAUGGUAUUGUAAUAGGGAUGUGUUUUUUCUGUGUUUUCUGUUGUGUCUGUUUUGUUUUCUUGUUAUCGUAUGUAAUAAAGAUGUCAAGAGCUUGGAUUAUA